AAGUUUUUCUUCCUUUUUUAUUCUUCAUUUUGAUGCGAAUAUAGAGAGAGUCCAUAAAAAAAAACACUAAUGGACGAAUAUAUUGAUUUCCGACCAUUGAAGUACACAGAGCACAAAACAUCAAUGACUAAAUACACCAAAAAGUCAUCGGAAAAAAAACUUUCCGGUGAUCAGUCAUUGCGAAAGGUUAGUAUUUGUUAUACCGAUCCUGACGCAACAGAUUCAUCAAGUGACGAAGAUGAAGAUGAUUUCUUGUUUCCUCGCCGGAGAGUCAAAAGAUUCGUUAACGAGAUCACUGUCGAGCCUAGCUGUAACAACAUCGUCACCGGAGUUUCGAUGAAAGAUAGAAAGAGACUCUCUUCCUCCUCAGAUGACACUCAAUCUCCGGCGUUGAAUCGUCAGCGUUCUAACAAAGUUUCAGUCUCCGGCCAGAUAAAGAAGUUCCGGGGGGUUAGACAACGGCCUUGGGGAAAAUGGGCGGCGGAGAUUCGAGAUCCAGAGCAACGUCGGAGGAUUUGGCUCGGAACUUUUGAGACGGCGGAGGAAGCCGCCGUGGUUUAUGAUAACGCUGCUAUUAGACUCCGUGGACCUGACGCUUUAACUAAUUUCUCUGUACCGCCUCAAGAAGAAGAAGAAGAAGAAGAAGAAGAACCGGAACCGGUUAUUGAGGAUAAACCGGUUGUCCCGACGAUGACGACAACAACAACAUCGAGUUCUGAAUCAACUGAAGACUUUCAACAUCUCUCAUCUCCUACUUCAGUUCUCAAUCUCCGGUCCGAAGAGAUUCAACAAGUACAACAACCGUUUAAAUCAGCUAAACCGGAACCGGAGAUUUCUAAUGCACCAUGGUGGCAUACCGGGUUUAAUACCGGUUUAGGUGAAUCAGACGAUUCAUUUCCUUUGGAUACUCCGUUUCUUGACAACUAUUUCAAUGAAUCACCACCGGAGAUGUCAAUAUUUGAUCAACCAAUGGGUCAAGUUUUCACUGAAAAUGAUGAUAUCUUCAAAGAUAUGUUCUUAGGUAUUGGUGAAAGUUUGAACAUUGGAGAUGAUUUAACAAGUUCUGGUAUCAAUGACAUUGGUUCAAAGUUUAGUGAUUUUGAUGAUUUAAUAUCAGAUCUAUUAGUUGCUUAAUAUGAUGAUGAGAGUGAAGAAGAAACCAACAAGCAAAUA